AUGUUAAAAGAUUUUUUCUAUCCACAACUGCAACAAUUUGAAGCCUAUAAUCGUGCGACAUGGUUUCAACAAGAUGGCGCGACGUGCCAUACAUCUAAUGCCUCUUUGGAGGCCGUAAACGAGAUGUUUGCUGGAAAACUGAUAUCGCGCCGAGCCACGAUUAACCAGUUGAAGACCAAUAUCUGCGAAGAAAUGGCAGCUAUUCCCUGCGCAAUGUGCCAGCAAGUUAUUACCAAUUUGAGGUUCAGAUUCGGGGAAUGUUUGCAGCGCAAUGGUGCACACCUGGAUGAUGUUAUUUUUAAGAAAUAA